CCCUCGCCUGCAGCGCCAGUACUCCACACCACACCAACAUCUGACCCAGGGAUACCCGAUGCCAUCGUACCAGUGCCUGAGGCGGGGAAAACCUUUCCCACAGCGAUGGACAUUGCCAUCAUUGCAGCCGUGAUCACCAUCGUGGCCCUCGUCCUGCUCUGCCUUCUCCUCGUCGUGCUCCGAUACUUGUUCCGGCACAAGGGCACGUACCACACCAACGAGGCCAAGGGCACGGAGUUUGCUGAGAGUGCUGACGUGGCCCUGAAGAGUGACCCUGCCCUGGAGGAUGCUGGUGACAACAGCAAAAAGGAGUACUUUAUCUAAGGGACACCAGACUUCACCUCUCCAAAGGCCUCCUCUCACUGCAGAAUAGAAAACAUGCACA